CGCUUGUGUUUCCGUUUGACUUCAUCAAUGUUUGCUUUUCCGAGUCUUGUGUUGCUUCUACUGAGACCUUCGUGUGCGUGGAACUCCCACUCAGGAGGGCACGACCCACUUUUCCAGCCUGACGCCGCCGCAGCCCGCUAAUACCAGGCAGUACUCAGUCAGUACUUUGGCAGUACUUUGGCAGUACUUUAGCAGUACUUUGUCGGUACUUUCCAGCGAGCAGAAGGACUAAAACUCUUUUUUUCUUCCUGAUGUUUGCUGCCAAGUCGCAUCUUCGUGACCACUCAUGGAUGUUGAAAACUUCCCGCAUUCUCGGGUGUCAACCAAGAGCAAAGCCCCCAGCCCGCCGGCACUGAAGAGUCUGGAUUCGUCAGGUUUCUCCCGGUGGUAUCCAGGAAACCUGGCUUUCACCAUGGACCACAAGGAGAAUCUCGUCGAUAAGGACCUCUCUCUCGUUGUGGUUUUGCCGGACGGGGUGGAAAAGAUGACCACAGUUCACGGCAGCAAACCCCUGAUGGAUCUGCUGGUGACGCUGUGUGCCAGGUACCACCUCAACCCGUCCAGCUACACCUUAGAACUCCUACCAGCCGGCCGGCACGACUUCAAGCUGAAGCCCAGCGCUCUCAUCGGAACCUUGGAGGCAGAGAAGGUGGUCCUCAAAGCCAGAGGAGACGACAAGAACAAGAAAGUCGGUCCUCACAUGCCAGAGGCCACGGUCCGCAUGGUGAUCAACUACAAGAAGAGCCAGAAAACUAUUCUCAGGGUCAGUCCGCAGGUUCCCCUGACUCAACUCCUACCAGCCAUCUGUGAGAAGUGUGAGUUUGCAGUGGAGAGCACACUUCUGUUCAGAGACCUGCACUCACCGGCCCCUCUGGACCUGUCCUGGUCCCUCAACCAUUACGCCAUCAGGGAGGUUUAUGCACGAGGUAAUCACAGUGAGGUCAUCAGGGAGGUUUAUGCACGAGGCUGUGGAGGAAACAGUCCUCCUCCUGCAUGUCUGGACUCCGCCCCCCUGGCAUGUCGUGGACAUGUUCUGGACUCCGCCAACCCGGCAGUUAGUGGACAUGUUCCGGACUCCGCCCCCCUGGCAGUCCCGGCAGCAGUGACGCCUGGCAAGAAUAAGACUCAGAAAGAGAAGGAGAACAAAGGUCUCUUCAGCAAGUUCAGGAAGAGCAAGAAAACCUCGGUGCAGGCCACGACAGCCAGUGCCCCGGCUUCUCCGGUGCUGGUGAUCAAGCCUCGACCACUCAGCAUGGCCUUGCCUCGAUCCAGCUCGCCGCCGCUCACGUCCCCGACGUCGCCGGGCGGCGAGGCGCCCAAGAAGAGACGAGCGCCUCAGCCGCCCAUCCUGGUGUCUCAGAACUGCCACACCCACCCCGGCACCCGCCAGAGGUUCUACUCCGUACCCAACACCCCGCUGGACUGCCAUCAGGUGUCUGGGCCGAGUCCCGGCUCCUCAGCCGAGUCGUCACUGAAGAGACCCAAACGCAAGGCUCCCCUGCCGCCCACACCCCCGGGGGUGACUGUCCCCGAUACAGUUUUUGCUGAGGAAAAUACACAAGAGCUCCCAGCAGCUGAAACACUGGAGGAGAUUAUGGAGGAGACGUCGGCAGCUGCAACCCAGGUCCACGGAGAAGACCCGGGUCUCCCAGACCUUGGGGACGAUCAAUGUGGUGAUCUGUCCUCAGAUGGCAAAGCGCCACAGAUCUCAGGUGACACCUUGGAUGUGAAGACACUGGAUGGCACGUCUCACCUGACAGAACGUCAGUCCACACCUGAACAGCCCGGAGACGAGGACGGCGUCCAUGGAACCGACGGCCCCCAGCCGUCACCGCAGGGUACAGGGACAUCUCAGGCAUCUGUUGGGGAAACCUCCACGAAGGAGACGUCCGACCCCGAGCACCUGGGCACGAAGGACGCAUCACCCCCCAGUGGCGAGGACGCGCAAGUGCAGACAGACCCGGCUAUCUCUUCUGCCAACCAGACGGCGAACGUCACCACUUCCCCCGACCUCACCUGUAGCCGAGCCUCAGGGGCUUCCUCGUGCCAAGACUCCACGCCCAAAUCCCACAGCCGCGUAGACUUUGAGCCCAAGCCUUCCAAUGAGUUGACCAGGGACUACGUUCCCAAGGCGGGGAUGACCACGUACACUGUGGUGCCUCCCAAGUCCAAUGAGAAGCUGAGAUACUUUGAAGUCGCGCUGACACUGGAGUUGCCCCCUGCUGUUCAGUCCGACGGGGAGGGGCCACAAGCCAACGAUAGAUGCCUAGCUCAGUCCACUCCCGCCUCACCACCCAGCAGGUUGCGCUCACCUCAAGAAGGUCCACCAGGAGAGGUCAGGGCCACCAAAGUUCCACCCGCAACUAAACCCAAGCCGGGUUCUUUCCGCUUGUCCAAGCACAAAAAGACAGCUGGGUAUUACGUAACAUCAGCCGCAGACAAGACCGGUCCUGCUUCUGUGGACCAGGUGGACUUACCACCACACGAGGGCGCCACAGCGGCCAAUGAUGCUCCCAGCCAGGUGCGGGAGACGAGGCAGAGCAAAGAGCAAAGGUUAAGCUUGGAGAAACUGAGGAGUUUUGCUACUCCCAGGCCUUUUUCCCCCAGCACGCCGUCCCGCUUCGCCCAGGCCGUGUCCUUUGCCGUGAGGCGGAGCCACUCCUUGCCACGCAGACCCGAGUCACCCGGCUCUCCGCUGAGGCCGAGUCCUCCUGCUGCCGGUCCGGGUUCCGUCGUUGAGGAGGCUGCAGUGUUGGAUUUGAAGGGUCAGGUGCCAGGGGUCCAGGGUCAGGUGCCAGGGGUCCAGGGUCAGGUGCCAGGGGUCCAGGGUCAGGUGCCAGGGGUCCAGGGUCAGGUGCCAGGGGUCCAGGAUCAGGUGCCCGAGGUCCAGGGUCAGGUGCCAGGGGUCCAGAGUCAAACCACAUCCUCAGACGGAAGCCAAGAGCCACCAUUAGAAGCACCUGAUGACAGCAAAUGAUCUUCUGAGAACAUCUGGACUUAUUUGCCCCCAGACACCUUCAUAGACCUGACCCUUCAUGGACUUCAUAGACCUGACCCUUCAUGGACUUCAUAGACCUGACCCUUCAUGGACUUAUUUGCUCCCAGACACCUUCAUAGACCUGACCCUACAUGGACUUCAUAGACCUGACCCUACAUGGACUUCAUAGACCUGACCCUUCAUGGACUUCAUAGACCUGACCCUUCAUGGACUUCUCUGCUCCCAGACACCUUCAUAGACCUGACCCUUCAUGGACUUCUCUGCUCCCAGACACCUUCAUAGACCUGACCCUUCAUGGACUUCAUAGACCUGACCCUUCAUGGACUUAUUUUCUCCCAGAUACCUUGAUAGACCUUGACCCUUCAUGGACUUCUCUGCUCCCAGACACUUUCAUAGACCUUGACCCUUCAUGGACUUCUCUGCUCCCAGACACCUUCAUAGACCUGACCCUUCAUGGACUUCAUAGACCUGACCCUUCAUGGACUUAUUUUCUCCCAGAUACCUUGAUAGACCUUGACCCUUCAUGGACUUAUUUUCUCCCAGACACCUUCAUAGACCUGACCCUUCAUGGACUUAUUUUCUCCCAGACACCUUCAUAGACCUGACCCUUCAUGGACUUAUUUUCUCCCAGGUACCUUGAUAGACCUGACGCUUCAUGGACUUCUCUGCUCCUAGACACCUUCAUAGACCUUGACCCUUCAUGGACUUAUUUUCUCCCAGGCACCUUCAUAGACCUUGACCCUUCAUGGACUUAUUUUCUCCCAGAUACCUUGAUAGACCUGACCCUUCAUGGACUUCUCUGCUCCUAGACACCUUCAUAGACCUUGACCCUUCAUGGACUUAUUUUCUCCCAGACACCUUCAUAGACCUUGACCCUUCAUGGACUUAUUUUCUCCCAGAUACCUUCAUAGACCUGACCCUUCAUGGACUUCUCUGCUCCCAGACACCUUCAUAGACCUUGACCCUUCAUGGACUUAUUUUCUCCCAGACACCUUGAUAGACCUGGCCCUUCAUGGACUUCUCUGCUCCCAGACACCUUCAUAGACCUGACCCUUCAUGGACUUCUCUGCUCCCAGACACCUUCAUAGACCUGACCCUUCAUGGACUUAUUUUCUCCCAGAUACCUUGAUAGACCUGACCCUUCAUGGACUUCUCUGGUCCCAGACACCUUCAUAGACCUGACCCUUCAUGGACUUAUUUUCUCCCAGAUACCUUGAUAGACCUGACCCUUCAUGGAC